AUGGUUCUUGUUGUUCUGAAAAACAAAAUCUUUGGAAAGCCUAAAAUGGACAAGACUUCUUAUCUUCCUACAACUCACUCAUACGAAACUGUCGGCUGCUCAGACGAAGAGGAAUUCUCUGAAUCUCGAUCAAUCAUCUCCUCUACCACAGCCCAUGAAGACUCUGGCUUCAUCCCACCCCGUGUCAUGUCUGACAUUAUCAUUGGCCUUUCUGAUGGCCUCACAGUCCCAUUUGCCCUCACAGCUGGUCUGAGUAGCCUGGGCAACUCCCGACUAGUCAUCACCGGUGGACUUGCUGAGCUCGUCUCGGGCGCAAUUUCAAUGGGUCUUGGUGGCUAUCUGGCGGCUAAGAGCGAAUCUGAAAUCUAUCACCACGAAGUGGAACGCGAAAAGAUUCUUUACGAAAACUGCAGAAACAUUUCUGAGGCAAACUUGGAAAACAUUCUCAAGGAGUACCACCUCAAAGACAGCACCAUCAAAAUGUUUAUCUCAGACAUGGAAGAUCAACCAGACGAAAUGAUUGACUUUAUUAUCCGCUUUGGUAAGGGUCUUGAAGAGCCUGCUGAGGGCCGCGAGUUCACCUCUGCCAUGACAAUCGGUCUGUCAUACUUCUUUGGAGGCUUUGUUCCUCUCAUUCCUUACUUUUUCAUUCACUCGAUAGACACCAGUUUGAUGGUCUCAGUGGUUGUUAUGCUCGUUACUCUCUUCAUCUUUGGCGUUCUUAAGACAACAUUCACCCUUGGCUGGCAAUGCGGUAAUGUGCGCAUCCUGUCUAAUGGCCUGCAAAUGGUUCUUACAGGAAGUGUCGCUGCCGGCGCGGCUUGGGGUCUUGUCAGAUUAAUUGAGUAA